AACUGACUUGACCUACCUGCCUUUUGUCUCCAGCAGGGGUCCCUCUGGGCACCAGCUGCUUCCGCCCUGAUGAUGGAAGCUUUUCGCUUGGCGUUCUAUGUGUCCCUGGGCCAGCUGCUGCUGGGGGAAUCGCGCCUGGCAGGCGCAAUCGAGACUGGAAACACUGUCAGUAAGGGCGGCGAUGCAGAAGGACAAGGGGGAACGGACGCUCAGAUGCUGACGGUCACAACGAUCCUGCAAGACCCCUACGCGAUGGCGAGAGGCACAGAGCUGGAGGGGUACUGCCUGGAUCUGCUGGACGCGCUCUCCAAGAUGCUGCACUUCAACUACAAGGUGACGCAAGUGAAAGACGGCCGCUACGGGGCUGUCUCCGCCGAUGGGAACUGGACCGGGAUGGUCGGCGAGAUUGUCAGACAGGAAGCAGACCUCGCAGUGGCCCCCUUGACCAUCACGUCAGCGAGGGAGGAGGUGGUUUCCUUCACCACGCCGUUCCUGUCCACGGGGAUCGGGAUCCUGUUCAGGAGAGACGCCGCCUCCCAGGACACCUCGUUCUUCGGCUUCCUCGCUCCCUUCAGCAAGGAGACCUGGGCCGGCCUGCUGGUGGCUUACCUGCUGACCUGCCUCUGCCUGUUCCUUGCGGCCAGACUGAGCCCCUGUGAAUGGAAGGAGCCCACGAGUGAGGAGAACCGCUUCACCUUUCUGAACAGCCUCUGGUUUGGAGCAGGUGCUCUGACCUUGCAAGGUGCAGCGCCUCAUCCCAAAGCCCUCUCCGGGCGAAUAAUCGCAGCCAUCUGGUGGGUGUUCACCAUCUCUCUGCUGGCGGCCUACAUUGCCAACUUCACCGCCUUGCUGCGCACUGGGGACGAGCCGCUCGCCAUCCAGACGUUCGAAGACCUCGUGAAGCAGAGAGAGCUCGAGUUUGGGACUGUGGAAAGUUCCUCCACCUUCCAGUUCUUCAAGAACUCCCGGAAUCCCACCCACCGGAUGAUCUACGAGUACAUGGACAAGAGGAGAGACUACGUUUUGGUGAAAAACUACCACGAGGCAGUUCAGCGGGUGCUGGAGUCGAACUACGCCUUCAUCGGGGAAUCCAUCUCCCAGGACCUGGCCGCGGCCCAGCACUGCAAUUUGAUCAGGGCCCCCGAGGUCGUUGGAGCCAGGGGAUUUGGCAUCGCCACCGCUAAGGGCUCAGCGUGGGCCAAUACACUCUCCGUUGCGGUCCUGAAACUGGGUGAAUCGGGUGACCUGGACUACCUACGCAAUAAGUGGUGGGAGACCACCUGUUUUCGGAAGGGCCCGGACCCGUGGAGUCCUCUGAAACCCCAGGCCAUAGGUGGCCUCUUCUUGGUUCUCGCGGUCGGCCUCGCACUGGGAGUGAUUGUGGCUUUGGUGGAGCUGUCGAACAAGAGCAGACACACUGCUGAGCAGGAGAAGAAGUCUUGCUGCUCUGCUCUGCUCGAGGAGAUGAGUCACCGGUUCAGACUGAAGGAAGGUGCAAGAGAGAAUCCAGAAAAAGUUAAACCAUAGGAAGCGCUUUUGGGAGCAGUCUCUCAAUGUUAAUCAAUUUCUUGCCUACUGUGUGUAGUCAAUAGUGGCUGUUUCUCUGACUGCGUUUUCUGCAUUGGCCUAUAUCUCUGUAAGCCUAGAGGGUAGCUUCCUUAUCACUAGGAAAGGUCAAUCUCUAGAACAAUUGAACAGCACACGGGGACCUAAAUAGCUCUGAGGCCUGACUCCAGAUCCUGGCUGCUCUAGAGCACUAAAUCCAACCUAGCACUGAUGAACGACGGCAGCAUCUGACGGGUACUGGGCGGCUGACCUCGGUCACAGCUCACAGGUGGAGGCCUGAGCAGAUGGAGGGAAGGGGCUCGUCUUUCCUAGAGAGUCUGUCUACACAGGGCUUGGAGAUGUGACCUCACAACAGCAGUGAAGCCACAGUAGCCGGGGCUGGACAGCCCUCCCCCAUGUUCUGGGUCUGGAUUGAAGCACCUAGGCUUUGUACUCUUAGCUAGGCAGUGUGCCCGCAAGCACAGCCUUACUCAAAGCAGCUGGUGACAGUGCAGCUGGGGAUGCAAAGAGCAUCUUCGAUAGCUGUGCCCACACUAGCUCACCCACCCUCAAUAGAAAACAUAACACCAGCUUACAGGCCUGCUUGUGUCGCCUCUGCGGGAAGUAGCAGCCUCCUUACGGCGGAAGUGUAGCGAGCUAGCUCGAGUACCAGCUCCACAGGCCAGACCCACCCUUGGCUGCGGUGUAACCGGACCUGAGGAAGUGGCUCCUUUGGCUCCGAGUUGAGAUAGAUAAGCAAGAGCAGCUGCGGUGUCUGUGCCCUGUGCUCCCCACCCCCUGCUGAUCCUGUUCUGUGACUAAGCCGAGACUUGUAGCUGGCAAACUCGGCAUCUUCCAUCACUGGCAAUUGUUUGGUUAAAUGCUCAAAACUGAAUGUCACCUGGGGCUGCGCUUGAAGGGGACCAGUGGGAAUAUGCCAGGACCAAGUGCAGGACGACUAGAAUGAGCCACAUUUUCCAUGUUGCCGCCUGUCAGUUUUCAGUGUGACAGAGAUCACAGCUGUACAGGGUUUUGAAGGCUGAAAAUGCAACCUGAGUCAAACAAUAGCGUUGCUGGACAAAGACCCUUCUUUGGAUCCAGUGCAUGGGAACGGCUUUCUUAAAAAUAAACGGGUAGAGUUAGCCUUUAAGUUAAUGCAGCUGCUUGGCACCUGCUAAUGUUUAUCAAUAUAACUUACUCCAAAUAAGAUUUAAACAAGUCUGCCAACUGGGAGCAGAUAGAAAGGCAUAAGGGUUGCAAUUCACGCAGAACUUCCACUCUGGGUCAAAGAUCAUUUGCUUGCCUACCACCAAAGGUGAGUUUUUCCCAGUGCAAACAUGUGGCAUCAGCCUUUUUUAGGGGGUUUUCCAAUAUAAUUACUCACUUAACAUCCGCCACCUGUGGAGAGACUGCCUUCCAUGGAAUGUUAAGGGGUUAUGCUAAAUUUGAACUAAAGCUAAAAUACCAUAAAUCAGCUAAAAUACUCUGGCUCUUAAGUCAGCAGGGCCAUUUUAAAGGAUCACAGUUCAACUACUGGGUACUAAAGCAGAAGGUGGCUGUUGCCUUCACUUGGGCCAAGUCUACACUAAAGAGGAAGGUCAAAUCAAGAUACUCAACUCCAGCUACGUUAAUUACAAAGCUAGAGUUGACAUAACUUGAGUUUCCCCACCAUCCCCACAGUGGGAGGCCAAUGAAAGCAAAUGCUCCUGUUGGUUUCCCUUACACCUCGCAGAGGCAGGAGUACCAGUCACCACUGUGGGUGCCCUAAGUUCAAUUUAGUGGGUCUUAACUAGACUCGCUAAACCAAACUCCGGGAGAUCAAUCACAGCAGCCGUUGAUCUUCUGCUGAGUGAAGACAUGGCCUUGGGCUCUGGGUGUUGCCUUUCAGCACAUCAGAUCAGGGAUUGGUGGCUGAGCAAGUUAAAUUCCAGUUGCAUUUUCCUCCUGUAUCUGCUGCUAGUUUUGCUUGGCCAUAUUGGGAAAGGGUAAAGAGGCAGAGUUUCAUUAACAUACAGAAUUCUGUGACAACUGAUUGCUUGAGAAACAUGCCUGCAUUGCCUUGUGGUAGCAUGAACACCUGUAGAGUAUCUUUGCACUUGGCAACAGUGCCUUCAAAGCAUAAGGGGUUGCUAAAAAUGUUAGUGAUACAAGCUGAUCACUUGGUUGAAGUUACAUAAGGGUAUGCCUGAUUCCAGAGAUUAGACAGUAGGAAUUUUCAAAUUAAACUCUCAAUGUCACUGUG